GAGAAGAGUGCCAUUUAUGUCCGAGCAAGAUCAAUUGAUUGACCAGUUCAUUUCGGUCACGAACUCCUCCAAGUAUUUGGCUGAGCAAUAUUUGAGCCGCAACAAGAACGAUUUAGUAGAUGCCAUUGAGGACUACUAUGCAAACAACAAGCCCAGUGCAUCUACUGAGGAGGGUGAUGAUCUUAAAAUAAAAAGAGGGUCAUCCUCACAUUUGAACAAGGAAGAUGAAGAUGAUGACGACGACAAAACUAAUACAAACUUCUUCACAGGUGGCGAGAAAUCUGGUUUACAGGUAGAAGAUCCUACUAAUAGAGAUAAAAAGAAUGAGCAAUCGAUAAUCGACCAGAUUUUCCAAAGAGCAAGAGAACAGAUGGACCAACCUGAUACACGGCCCUCAGCCAAUGAUGAAGAUGAGCCCUUGGGUCCACGUUUUACGGGUACAGGCUUUCAGUUGGGAGAUGGUACAGGUCCUUCUGCUCCUGUAGUAGAUCCUACUAGUGCAAUUCCACAAAGACCUAGUAAAGUCACCAGAGAAAUCACAUUCUGGAAACAGGGGUUCACUGUGGGAGAGGGACCUUUGCAUAGAUACGACGAUCCUAGUAACGAAAGUGUCUUGCAGGAGCUCAAUCGAGGAAGAGUGCCAAUGUCGUUAUUAGAUGUAGAAUUUGGCCAAGAUGUAGAUGUAUCUGUUUUCAAGAAAACUGACGAAGACUGGAAGCCACCAAGGAGAAAAAUUGGUGGAUUCCACGGUCAGGGUCAAAGAUUGGGUUCUCCCGUACCGGGGGAAGUUCUUUCGAACUCGUCAUCUUCUGCUAAUUUGGUUGAAUCUCCUUUGAAGGAAGAGACCGUAGUUAAGCCGCCAUCUGAUGAAGGAGAAGGUGACUCUUUGGUUCAAAUCAGAUUCGCUAACGGAAAGAGAGUGUCAAGAAAAUUCAGUUCCUCAGAUUCUAUUAAGACAGUGUAUGACUUCGUGAGAAGCCAUCCUUUUAAUGAACUGCAUAAGCCAUUUGCUUUGAGUCACUCGUUCCCUGUUAAGCCAAUCGAAGAGUCGGAAGAGACCACAGUGGAGUCUGCAAAGUUGAAGAAUGCUGUCAUUGUCCAGAGAUGGAUAUGA